UACAACUAUAUGUAUACUUGUUCUUGUUUAUUGAAACACAAAAGUAGCGGAUAUCUACAAUGGGUGCUAGUAAAAUUCCGGAUUGGGUCAGAGAGGAACUAUUCGAAGAUGUUCUUAAGUCGAAUGUGGUGGGAUAUUCAAAAGUCAGAAGUUUUAAUGCGGAAAACGGAUCCUCAGCGGGAGAAAACUACGCCUCAAUUAUGCUCCGAGUAAAUAUCGAAGUGGAGCUGCUAGAUGGAACAAACAAACAUGUGUCGUACAUGGUUAAGUUACCACAUCAAAAUGAUGUUCACAAGGAAUUGAUGGAGCACAUUAACAUCUUCGAAAUCGAGCGCACAAUGUACAAAGUGGUUGUUCCCGAAAUGGAGGCUCUAUACAAGGCAGCCGGUGUGGAGGUCACAUUUGGCGCCAAGAGCUAUGAACUAAGAAAUGCCAAGAGCGAGUACAUAGCUCUCGAGGAUCUGUGCACCAAAGGGUUUAAGAAUGCCAGCCGAUUAGAUGGACUCGAUCAAGCGCAUACGGAGGGAGUCCUCCGAAAAAUGGCCCAGUGGCAUGCUGCAACCGCAGUGCGAGUGGCCACAAAGGGGCAGUAUCCGGAAGGCGUCCUAAAGAGCUUCUUCAAGGAGGAAAACAGGGCGAAGAUAAACGAAAUGAUGAACGGGAUGGGUGAGAUAUUCCUGAAAUGCUGUGCCACCUAUGAAGGUAACGAGGCAUAUAUAGACAAACUCAAAGCCCUGAAGCCAGUGAUAUUAGACGAGAUGUUCAAGAUGGGCAAAGUUGAUUCCACGGAAUUCAAUGUACUGAAUCAUGGCGACUCCUGGUCGAAUAACUUUAUGUUCCAGUACGAUGAUUUCGGAAAGGUCAAGGAGGUGUAUAUGGUCGAUUAUCAGGUGCCGAAGUACGGAAUUGUGGCUCAUGACUUGAUCUACUUCCUGAUAUCUUUCACGAAACUGGAAGACAAGUUGAGCAAAUUCGAUUACUACCUUAGGGUUUACCAUGAUAAUUUAGUGGAGCAUCUUAAGAUUCUCAAAUACUCCAAGCCAAUGCCAAGCUUGCGAGACAUUCACAAGACGUUGUUUCAGUACGGACUAUUCAUAUAUUGCGUGGCCACUGGUGUGAUGGCAGUCGUUCUCGUAGAUCCAUCAAAAGACGCCUGUUUUGAGAACUUUACAGGCGACUCCGCCGAGGGAAAGGAAUUCCAAACGAAAAUGUAUAGUAAUGCUCGGUACCGAAAACACAUCCAGGCCAUCUUGCCCUGGCUUCUCAAUCGCGGCGCACUGGAUAUCGACUAGAAAUUAUAUCAUAUUAUAUCUUGAUGAGACGCCGACAUUCCGACACUAGAAGCUUAAAGCUGCAUUCUGGCUCAUGGAGCUCUAAACCAUAAUUAAAAUAAAUCAAAUAUAGAGAACGA